ACUUUCUUCGUAACCAGACGCAUUGGCCUAAUGGUUUGAAAAUGGGUGCUUAUCAUACUGGAACUGUAGUAUAUGAUAGAGAAUUCGGUUUUGGUGGACAUCCAUUUGCAAGUAGCGGUAUCUUCCAGACUACACCAAUGGAUAUUGACAGUUUAGGUGAAGAAAUUUCAUUCAAAGAAAGAUUAUAUAUGGGUCGGACGUAUUUAUCGAAAAAAGCUGUAGAACGUUUGCUUGCUAGUUUAGCUGAUGAAUUCCGUGGUGACGCUUACCAUUUAUUACAUUUCAAUUGUAAUCAUUUCACUUCACAAUUCGUUGAUCUUUUAUGUCACGGUGUUUUACCUAAAUGGAUUAAUCGAUUAGCUCGUAUUGUAUCUGGAUUACCAUUUAUUGAAACUUUUCUACCACCUCAUUGGAUUCGACCAAGUUUAAUGUAUGACUGUGAAUUCGAUGAUUUAAGUAAUGAUGAUGAAGAGGAAGAAAGAACAAAAGAUAUCAAUCAGAAUGAUCAAAAUGCGCACUUGAUUAAUGGGAAUACUAAUGAUAACAAUAAUAAUCAGAUUGUUUGUUACAAAAACGAAGACGAAGAUCUCUCUAUAACAAAGUCAUUUACUGAGAAACCAUAUUUCCAAUUUGUUCAUUCUACAUCUACAAAUAAUGGUCAUGUUCCGCAUCGAAUUACUAAUAGUAUAGAAAAUAAUAAUAAAACUUCUGUUGACCAUUCGGAUAAUCAUCACCCUGACUCUUCAUUAUUUCAACUAAGGACAGUUUAGUUUUAAGAAUGAACAACAAAACUUGCCUUUUUUCCUUACAUUUUGCCGCUCAAUUAAGGUAAAAAAAACAGUGUUAUUAUGUACAGAUUGAUGAUAUAUCUUUUCAAGUCUAUCAAAUGGAGAGAAAGAAUAAUUACUUGUCAUUAUUUUUUGGUUAAUUUUACAUGACAAUAUCUUAAAUAAAGUGAAUACGUUUUCUACAUUCCAAUCUGUAUUGCUUUUCUAUGAACUAUGUAUCUUUCAUAGUCAACGGAAGCUGUAGUUCGUGUAGUUCAUCACUUUGAUCUUCAUCAAAUAUUCCCCGUUUUUUUCUAUGAUAGUCUUUCAAAACUUCUGUGUUGUUCACAUUUGUUGUCUGGUUAAUUACCUCUUUACUGAUGUUAAUUUACUUUUUUUCUCAAUUGAAAUGUUUACUUUGUUAAUUAUUUUUAUUAUUAUUUUCCGCCUGACAGUUCGAUACUCCACCAUAUUCCAGUAUCCUAUCAAGUUCCUCUUCUCUUUGAUAAAUUAGGUUGUUUUAUACCACUAAUUGUAUUGUUGAUAAAUCUUCCAUUGUUUACGUUACCAGUAUGUUUUACAUGUAUUCUUGUUUUUGUUUCAAUUCAAAAUGAAGUUUCCAUCAUAUU